CUCAGCACGGACGGCGACUUUUGGACCGGACUGGCUAGCCGUAAGCGGUCCGCUGCUACUUCUUCUUCUCCACCUCACCACCAGCAUCGCCCGCCAUGUUCACAGGUCUCGUCGAGCUCCUCUGCACAAUUACCGACGUACAGCCGCUCGACGCUUCGACCUCAGGUGGCGGCGGCUAUUCCAUCGCCAUCGGACAGGCAGGCCCAAUCCUCGACGACUGCACAAUCGGUGACUCGAUCGCAGUCAAUGGGGCUUGCCUCACUGUGACAGAAUUCGAUAAGGAUAGCUUCAAAAUCGGCGCUGCGCCUGAGACACUCAAGAAGACGAACCUGGGCGAGCUCAAGAUCGGGGACAGGGUCAACUGUGAGAGGGCAAUGAAGGGGGAGAAGCGAUUUGGUGGGCACUUUGUUCAAGGACACGUCGAUACGACGGCCACUCUGCGGUCCGUCGUGCCCAAUGGCAGUGCGUUGACGCUCACGCUGCGACUCAACCACGCGCCGGGUACGCUGCCGCUUCCUUCGACCCUUUCGCCUUACAUCAUUCCAAAGGGAUACGUCACGCUCGAUGGCGCCUCCCUCACCCUUAUCGAUGUCAGUCCGCCGGCCGGCGGCAGGCUACCCGCGAGCGAGGGCGAGAAGGACGAAGCCGCAGGCCAAGCGAAUCAGGCUGAGAUUGUCGAGUUCAGCGUCAUGCUUAUCAGCCACACGCAAGAUGUCAUCGGGCUCAGCAAGAAGAAGGCGGGGGAGACGGUCAACGUCGAGCUUGACGUGAGUGCGAGCGAGGGUUGGUGAGAAGAGGGGAAUGGGGUGAAUUACGCUGACAAUCGUCCUCUACCUUCACACACGAACGCAGAUGGUGGGCAAGUACGUCUCCCGAUCCAUCGAAAUCUCAGCAUCCUCAGCGAUGCGCGCAUCAGACGAUCCAAAUGGCCAAGCUGCUGCAGGCGAGGACGAUGCACUUGUACGCUUGAUCCGGCGCGAGGUACAACGAGCGCUUGGCAAGUAGAGAUCUCAAUGCAAGAACAAAGCCGAUGCCACACGGAUCUGCGUGUUGCGCCUUUCUCACGCUCUAGCCAGCUCACUCCUCUCCCCCCUCCCCG